UUGAUAUUAUGCCGCUAAACGUCUUUAAAUUAGUUUUUGGACUUUAGACUUGUUUAGAACUAUGCUUGUUUUCCGGGUGUGGGUAUGUGUGGCGGUUAGAUUAUUUCAUUUAAACUCAUUGGUUUUAGUAACACGAAAGUUUAUGCUGGAGAGGAAUUAAGAAUAAUGUCUUUGUUGUUGCAACAAGUUUUUUAUUUUCUUUAAUACAAAAAAAUAGAACGCACCUAUAAUAGUUAAGUUUCGAAUAUUGGCAAUAAAAUAUUGAAACGAAUAAAAUAGUUUUGGCCGAAGGUUAAUUGUAAUAAAGAACAGUUAAAGAUAGAAGGAGAAAGAAAAAGUUUAUUUAGUUAUGUACAAAUAUAAACACAUGUCAUGGCAUCACUGUGACAAUUAUGUACAACGAAAACGGGUGGGCGCGGGAUUGUUGCGACAGGAAAUUAAAUUGAAAAAAGUUCCGUUGUAUAUAAACCCAAAGCAACGGAAGGUGUAUAAAGCAGUAAAACCAGGUUCGCCAGGCAGAACAUAGACAGUUCCGUUCGAGGAAAAAGCCUGUGGUUGUCGCGUAAAUACUCUUGUAACACGUCCGUUGGUAGUUAUGCGGAACACCGGCUCAAGCGGAUUAAUUUUAAUUCUCUGUCUUAUUAUUUUGCAGGCAUAAAACAAAAGCGUAAAUAAAAUGUUGCUUAAAUUAUUUAUAGUUCCAUUAUUGUUACUGCCUCUUGUCACUGUUUGUGCAUUGCCAAAUCAUGGUUCAUUGCAAAAACGUCGCAAUAGAUUUCGAAGCGUUGAUUUAAAGGGUAAUCACCGGCCGUAUUUUCCCAACCAAACAUUUUCCACGUUCACCUUUACUUCAACACGAAUUCAAAGAAAGAUUUUCAUUCUUGAGAAAGGCGUCAACGCACGUCGCCACAAGCGUGAUAUCCAAGUACCUAUUACGUUAUUUACUCAGGUGCUUUUUGAUUGCUACGUUUCCGGAGAUUGUCCUACUUGGACACCCUGGUUUGGGGAAAACCGUUGCAGUGCUUCAUGUGGCGGAGGAACGCGAACUUUGCGAAGGUAUUGCGAAAAUCAAACCAUUACACGUGGUUGCCCAGGAAACGACACCCGCCAUGAACAAUGCAAUACACAUACGUGUCCCAUGUGGAGUAAUUGGUCGGUUGCAAGCAGGUGUAGCAAGUCAUGCGGGGAAGGGCGAAUGCUCAGAACAAGAUUCUGCACUGAAGGUUUUACCGUUGUGGCAGGGUGCAACGGACCUAUGUUUAGUAUCAUAACUUGCACCUUGUCUAAUCGAUGUGAUGCACAUUGGAGUACUUGGGGGGCAUUUGGAAACUGCUCCAAAACAUGUGGAGGCGGAAUCAAAGAAAGAACAAGGAUAUGUGUAGUUCAAGAAAACGAGACCAUUGGUUGCUCUGGUUUUUCGUCGCACAAAAAAGCUUGCAAUACUCAAAGAUGUUUGUUAAACACAUCAUCGUGGUCAACAUGGAGUAAUUGUGACGUUGGUUGUGGUGAGUGGAAAGAAGUUAAGAGAACACGAUCAUGCGUGGUUGGAACUUGUCAAAAUGAAAAAUUUGAAGAUAAAAAGAUCUGUUUAAACUCCACGUGCACCGAAGAACAACACAAUCUGACUUACAAUACACAACUACAUGUGGGGAACAACACAAGCCUUACCACGGGGACUUUGCUUUGGUCCAGUUGGAGUGUUUGUUCAGUUUCAUGUGGACCAGCAGGGAUACAACGUCGAGCGCGCGGGUGUAGAAGAAAUGGUUCAAACUUGUUGCAAAUUGUUUGCGACAACCGAUAUACACAAAUCAGACCAUGCGUUCCUCCAGUCACAUGCCCACGUUGGGUUUGGUCGACGUGGUCACCAUGUACAAAAACUUGUGGAAGAAGCGGAACACGAACAAGAAAUCAGCAAUGCGUUACCUGGGAGGACGAACUAGGCGUUAACGCAAACUCGUCAAUACACAUGACGGAAACAGUGCCCAAUUCUGAAAAUAUGUGCUCGAGUUUUACACAGCUACCAGCGGAAGUCUCGCAAUGCUCAUCCAGUUCACCGUGUUACCCGCAUUGGAAUAAAUGGGGUCCAUGGAACCAAUGUUCAAAUUCUUGUGGUGUUGGAGUUUCAAUAAAACGAAGAGUGUGCACAUUAAGAGGAAGGUGCAUGGGUGAAUCAAUCAAGUACAAAACAUGCAGCUCGGCUCCUUGUUGGAGUGAAUGGUCGCCAUACAGUCCUUGCUCGACUUCCUGUAAUGGGGGAGUGAGAACAAGAGAUAGAAUUUGUUCUGCUGGUAAUUUACAUAGCACCUGCAAUGGCAGUGCUUUCCAAAGUAACGUCUGCAACACACAAGUUUGUCCUUUGUGGACUGCGUGGUCGAACUACGGCGAAUGUUCAACAACUUGUGGUAAAGGUUUUCGACAUCGAAGUAGGUCAUGUUUACAAGGAAACUGUGAUAAUAGAUUGACUUUGGAAAGCGUAUCAUGUAACCUAAGGUUUUUCUGCCCAACUUGGAGUCCGUGGUCGGUAUAUUCCUGCUGCAGCGUCAGUUGUGGGAUUGGUACACAAACUAGAGAAAGAACAUGUUACCAUGGUCAAGUGGGAGAAAUAGGUUGCAUCGGGCCUUUGAAUGAUACAAUUAUUUGCAACAUUGACUGCCACAACCAAACGCAACACGCAGUUAGCAGAAAUAUGGAGCAGUGUGGAUUGAGAGUUGCUGCAUCAAGUAAUAGAAGAAGUUCGCUUAUCCUAAAAAUAUUCGGUGGAAAUAUAUCGAGGAGAAACAGCUGGCCAUGGCAAGCAAGUCUACAAGAAUACUUUUAUUCCCCCCUCUUUAAUUAUAGCAACUGGUUACACUUUUGUGGUGGAACAAUUGUAUCAUCUCAAUGGGUUAUUACUGCGGCUCACUGUUUGCAACAAAGAAUGAAAAAUGAGUACAGCAUUGAGAAGUUUUCGGCCGUACUUGGAUUGUUUCGAUUGAAUUUGCAACACAACACCCAGAGAAUUGGUUUCAAAAGAACAUUUAUUCAUUCGGAUUUUCAAAGAGCAUAUUUUACUUAUAAAAACGAUGUCGCAUUGAUACAAUUAGAUCGAAAAUUACAAUGGACAAGUAAUAUUCGCCCUGCCUGCUUGCCUGGUGGAGAGGAACCGAGUGAAACAGAAAGUUGUUACAUUACAGGGUGGGGAAGAACAAGAACAAACUCGAGCGAACUCAGUAGCGAACUUCGAGAAUCAAUCAUACCAAUUCUGUCAAAUAAGCAAUGUCGACAAUUGGGCAGCGGUUACAACACGAUCAAUAUGACUUUGCACUUAUGCGCAGGUGACCCAGUGCUGGGGGGACGGGAUACAUGUCAGGGUGAUUCUGGUGGUCCGAUCAUUUGUAACAGGAGUGGUAUCUGGUAUGUUGCUGGAAUUACUUCUCAUUCUCUCGCCUUUUGUGGUGCUCGCAACAACGUUGGAAUAUACAUGCGCACCACAGGAUAUGAAACUUGGAUACAUGAUGUUAUGACGAGGUACAAUCGGCCGGGUUGCUGAUGCAGUUGCAAAAUUAACGACACAUCAUGUUCGAUACAGUACUUAAACUAAAUGGUUACCACAGCGCACGCUAUAACAUUUUGUAAAUUUCUAACCUUGCAGCGAGGUAAAUCAAGUUUUGUUACAAACAGUGUUACAACUCUUCCUCCAAUCACAUUAUAGGAGCACUGUAUGCUUACAAUCGUGUAUGUUGUUCAUUGUAACAUUUAAGACCACUGUGCGUUAAUUUCUCCCUCAUAUAGUUCAUAUAUCGUGUUCAUACCUACAUAGAGGUUUUUCAUGCCUAUUUGACAUUGUCAGAAUAUUUAUAAUGUAUAUAUCUGCUUAUUUACCAUCUGUAUUGCUGGUCACUAUAUCCGUACUAUAUA